AUGAUACAAUUUCCAAUUAAUACUACUGGCUUUAGUCCAUUUUUUAACAAGUCAGAUAAACAAAAUACAGAACACGAUCCAAAUAAUUAUAAAAGUAAAAGAAUAAAAUUGAAUUGUAACAGUGAAUAUACUCAAUUCUCCCCGCAAGAUUUCCAAGCAGCUUUAGCUAAGAACAAGCAAUAUAACAUCAAUGAAACUGUCAACGACGACUAUUUGGACAGAAGAAGAAAAACGUUCACUCCAACUCCAGCUCCAACUCCAGCUGGGCCGAACUAUAUAAGAAAGGUAGAAACUCAAACAAAACAUUCGUUUGCUAAUCAUACAUACAUUAACGAUAACUUAUCUCUUUACUCAGAAACAGAAGAUUACAUGGUUGAAGGAUAUUUUUUGCAUAACCACCAAUCAAAUUCGCAAGUAAGUUUUGAGAAUUCAGAAAGUAUACAAAAUUCAUUAUACGAUAUCUCUCAAGAGGAACAACAUCAAUUACAGCAGUUUGAAAACAUGCAGGAUUCAAUGGAAAUAGAUUUUCAUUAG